CCGUGACGUCAGCGCUGGCGUCUUCAGCUCGCGCGGACACAGACGGCCAUAUUUGAGCGGAGCGGCCAGUCGCCCGGUCACCUGACUCACACGCGCAUUCAACGGUCACACACGACGCAGAAAUGCCCCGCGGAAUAAGCCUCUAGUUUAACCACAUGCUAUCCUUUGGCCCCGCGCAGGAGUCCUCGCGCAAAAUGGAGGUGCAGAGCGUCAGCAGUGAGGUGAAUGGGCAUCAGAUGAUGGAUGAGCCGAUGGAGGAGGAGUCCUACACACUCUGUGACGAGGGCGCGUAUCAAGAGAUCCCCAUCACUCAUCAUGUGAAGGAGGGCUGUGAGAAGGCCGAGCCCAGCCAGUUUGAGCUGCUCAAGGUUUUGGGACAAGGCUCCUUUGGGAAGGUGUUUUUGGUGCGGAAGUUAAUGGGUCCGGAUGCAGGUCAGCUUUAUGCAAUGAAGGUGCUCAAAAAGGCAUCUUUAAAAGUGAGGGACAGAGUUCGCACCAAGAUGGAGAGAGAUAUUCUGGUGGAGGUCAAUCAUCCUUUCAUUGUGAAGUUGCACUAUGCCUUUCAAACAGAAGGGAAACUCUAUUUAAUUUUGGAUUUUCUCAGGGGUGGGGAUGUAUUUACUCGUUUAUCCAAAGAGGUUAUGUUUACAGAGGAGGAUGUGAAAUUCUACCUUGCAGAGCUGGCCCUUGCAUUGGAUCAUCUACACAACCUAGGCAUUGUUUACAGAGACCUGAAGCCUGAAAACAUUUUGCUUGAUGAAGCUGGACAUAUCAAGUUAACAGACUUUGGGCUCAGUAAAGAAUCGGUAGAUCAUGACAGAAAAGCGUACUCGUUCUGUGGCACUGUGGAGUAUAUGGCCCCUGAGGUGGUCAACAGAAGAGGUCACACGCAGAGCGCUGACUGGUGGUCUCUCGGCGUCUUAAUGUUUGAAAUGCUGACCGGCACAUUGCCGUUCCAAGGAAAAGACAGGAACGAGACUAUGAGCAUGAUUCUUAAAGCAAAGCUGGGAAUGCCACAGUUUUUAAGUUUGGAAGCACAAAGUCUUUUACGAAUGCUCUUUAAACGGAAUCCAUCAAAUCGUUUAGGAGCCGGUCCUGACGGAGUGGAGGAGAUCAAACGUCACACGUUCUUCUCCACCAUCGACUGGAAUAAACUGUACAGAAGAGAACUUCAGCCUCCAUUCAAACCUGCUGCAGGGAAACCAGACGACACCUUCUGCUUCGACCCAGAAUUCACAGCCAAAACUCCCAAAGAUUCUCCAGGUAUCCCCCCCAGUGCAAACGCUCACCAGCUCUUCAAAGGCUUCAGUUUCGUAGCUCCAGUCUCUCUGGAGGAAAGCAGAAGUGCCCCGCUGGUCAACAUUCUCCCCAUAGUGCAGAUGCACGGAGGCGUGGCUCAGUUUGCAGACGUGUACGAGCUGAAGGAGGACAUUGGCGUGGGUUCGUACUCUAUAUGCAAACGCUGCAUACACAGAGUCACUGCCAUGGAGUUUGCUGUGAAGAUCAUUGAUAAGAGCAAGCGCGACCCGUCAGAGGAGAUCGAGAUCCUGAUGCGGUACGGACAGCAUCCCAACAUCAUCACGCUGAAGGACGUGUACGACGAGGGCCGCUUCGUGUAUCUGGUGACGGAGCUGAUGAAGGGCGGAGAGCUGCUGGAUAAGAUCCUCAGGCAGAAGUUCUUCUCGGAGCGAGAGGCCAGCGCUGUGCUCUACACCAUCACCAAAACGGUGGACUACCUGCACUGUCAGGGGGUGGUGCACAGGGACCUGAAGCCCAGCAACAUCCUCUACAUGGACGAUUCAGGAAACCCCGACUCCAUCCGCAUCUGUGACUUCGGCUUCGCCAAGCAGCUGCGCGGAGACAACGGUCUGCUGCUGACUCCCUGCUACACGGCUAACUUCGUGGCUCCUGAGGUGCUGAUGAGGCAGGGCUACGACGCCGCCUGUGACAUCUGGAGUCUGGGAGUCCUGCUCUACACCAUGCUGGCGGGAUACACACCCUUCGCCAACGGCCCCAACGACACGCCGGAGGAGAUCCUGUCACGCAUCGGCAGCGGGAAGUUCUCCCUGAGCGGAGGAAACUGGGACUCGGUGUCCGACUCCUCAAAGGAUCUGCUGUCUCACAUGCUGCACGUGGACCCUCACCAGAGAUACUCCGCAGAGCAGGUGCUGAAGCACUCGUGGAUCGCCCUCCGCGACCAGAACCCGCACUUCCAGCUCACGCGCCACGAGGCGCCUCACCUGGUGAAGGGAGCGAUGGCCGCCACGUACUCGGCGCUCAACCACCAGACGUGUAAGCCUCUUCUGGAGCCGGUCGCCGCCUCCAGUCUGGCUCAGCGCAGGAACAUGAAGAAGCUGACGUCUGCAGACAUGUCGUGAGGAGCGCGUGCGCUGAGCGCCAGCUCCGUCUCUGUGUCACGUGUUUGAGUGCUCUUGCUCCGAGACCCUGAUCUCACCGAGAAAUGUCCAGCUCCUGUAGUUGGACCAAAGCCUGUCUGUUGGACCAUUAAGAUCAUUUGGUGACAAUCAAGCCCCUUUUCCCGCAGAUUUCCUGUACAUCAGGAUUGGUCUUCGCUCCGUUCUCCAGGAUGUGGUACGAGAAGUUCUUCUAAAUACUUCACCGGUGAAAUGAUGUCUAGUUUUUCCCACUCGAGCUGAAAGAGGAUGAUAACAUCACAAACCGGCUUGGUUUUCCUCGUGCACGAUACGCUUAUGACCUGCACAUUUCUCACCGGUCUCCAUCUGUCAGCCACUUCCUGUCCCGCUAGUGCUGGGAAGCACAUGGCAUUACCUCAGAAGCACUCAGUGUUAGCGUCUCCUCGGCUCGGUGUAUAUAGACUCGUUCGUCUCGUGUGUGUGUGUGUGUGUGUGUGUGUGUGUGUGUGGAUCCUUGAGCACAUUUGCACUGAGGCUCGUCUGUUCCCGUCUCGGACCGCUCUUUGCUUUUCGCUGAACGGGAAGUGCAUGAGCAAAGGGUGGAGAAGUAAAUCUAUAUUUAUAAAGUCGAAUGAGGUGAAUGAAUGUAGAUUGAAUCCACCAAACCGCAUCUCUCUGCUCCUGACGGAGGGGAAAUGAUUCCAUAAAACUUUUUAAAGACAUUGUGGAAAUUGUAUCAUAUUGUAUUUAUUUCACUUAUUUUUAAAAUUUUAUUUUUCUUUCAGGUGAUGUACAUAUUGACAUUAAAGAACAUUAUUGACACGA